UCCCCCCUUCCCUUCCCCUUCCCUGCCCGGAGUCAUGUCGUCCGCCGCUCGUUUUGAUUCGUCGGACCGCUCCAGCUGGUACGUGGGCCCAGUGUCUCGGGCGGAGGCACAGACGCGGUUGCAGGGGCAGCGGCAUGGCAUGUUCCUGGUGCGGGACUCGUCCACCUGCCCGGGGGACUACGUGCUCUCGGUGUCCGAGAACUCCCGGGUUUCCCACUACAUCAUUAAUUCCUUGCCUAACCGCCGCUUCAAGAUCGGCGACCAGGAGUUUGAGCACCUGCCUGCCCUGUUGGAGUUCUACAAGAUCCACUACCUGGACACCACCACCCUCAUCGAGCCUGCGCCCAGGUAUCCAAGUCCACCAAUGGGAUCUGGAUCCGCCCCUGCUAUGUCCACUGCAGAAGAAAAUGUGGAGUAUGUUCGGACUCUCUAUGACUUCCCUGGCAAUGAUGCUGAGGAUCUUCCAUUUAAAAAGGGUGAAAUACUGGUAAUUGUAGAGAAGCCAGAAGAACAGUGGUGGAGUGCCAGAAACAAGGAUGGUCGGAUUGGGAUGAUUCCUGUUCCUUAUGUAGAAAAGCUAGUCAGAUCUCAUGGGAAGCAUGGAAACAGGAAUUCCAACAGCUAUGGUAUUCCAGAACCUGCUCAUGCUUAUGCUCAGCCUCAAACUGCCAACCCCCUUCCCUCAGUAUCCAGCACACCUGGAGCAGUGAUCAAUCCUCUGCCUUCAGCACAGAAUGGACCAGUCUAUGCCAAAGCUAUCCAAAAGAGAGUACCCUGUGCUUAUGACAAGACUGCGCUGGCAUUAGAGGUUGGAGAUGUUGUGAAGGUGACAAGGAUGAAUAUAAAUGGGCAGUGGGAAGGAGAAGUAAACGGUCGGAAAGGGCUCUUCCCGUUCACACAUGUCAAAAUAUUUGACCCUCAAAACCCAGAUGAGAACGAAUGAUUCCCUCUGUCCGAUUUACACUGCUGCUUCAUUUUCCUGGCUAUCAUUAGCAUUGUUUGAGGUGGGAUGAUGACUUAAUGGCACAUUGCUAGCAUUGCCCAUUUGCCAGCUUGCUGCAGUUUGACGGUUCUUUUAAUAUACAUUUGGAAUACAUACAACUGAAGUCACUGCCUGACCUUCAUACCAUAGUUGUGUCAUCCAGAAUUUAGUUUCACUUUUAAACUAUUGAGCCUUAAGCUGGAGAAGACUGAAACAGUGUAUAGCAAAGAAGUAUGGGAAGAAAACCUUUUC